ACAGCAGCGACUUGCGGCAGCAGCUUGACUUACGGCUGCCCGGGACCUCUGGGAGCUCAGCUCGGGAGCCGGGCGGGGAGUACGAACGCGGCCGCCGGCUCCCGGGUGCUCCAGUCCGGACGCGCAGCAGCAUGACCCAGUCGGUGGUCGUACAGGUCGGCCAGUGCGGAAACCAGAUCGGCUGCUGCUUCUGGGAUCUGGCGCUAAGGGAGCACGCCGCGGUCAACCAGAAAGGAAUUUAUGACGAGGCAAUAAGCAGCUUCUUUAGAAAUGUGGAUACGAGAGUGGUUGGUGAUGGUGGCAAUAUUUCCAAGGGGAAAAUUUGUUCUUUGAAGGCACGAGCUGUCUUGAUUGACAUGGAGGAAGGGGUAGUAAAUGAAAUUCUGCAGGGACCGUUGAGAGAUGUGUUUGAUAGCAAGCAGCUCAUCACUGAUAUUUCUGGCUCAGGGAAUAAUUGGGCUGUGGGUCACAAAGUUUUUGGCAGGCUUUAUCAAGAACAGAUUUUAGAGAAACUCAGAAAGUCGGCAGAGCACUGUGAUUGUUUACAGUGUUUUUUUAUAAUACAUUCCAUGGGAGGAGGAACAGGAUCUGGACUUGGCACAUUUCUCUUAAAGGUGCUUGAGGACGAAUUCCCAGAAGUAUACAGAUUUGUGACUUCAAUUUAUCCUUCUGGUGAGGAUGAUGUCAUAACCUCACCUUAUAAUAGCAUCUUGGCAAUGAAGGAACUUAAUGAGCAUGCAGACUGUGUGUUGCCCAUUGACAACCAAUCUUUAUUUGACAUCAUUAGCAAAAUUGACCUCAUGGUGAAUUCUGGAAAGUUGGGUACAACUAUAAAGCCAAAGAGUCUGGUUACUUCAAGUGCUGGGGCUUUGAAAAAGCAGCACCAGAAGCCCUUUGAUGCGAUGAACAACAUUGUGGCAAAUUUGCUGCUGAACCUAACCAGCUCUGCAAGGUUUGAAGGGUCCCUUAAUAUGGAUCUUAAUGAAAUCAGCAUGAAUUUAGUUCCUUUUCCUCAGCUGCAUUAUCUUGUGUCAAGCCUAACACCUCUGUAUACACUGGCAGAUGUUAAUAUUCCUACCCGAAGGUUGGAUCAGAUGUUUUCAGAUGCCUUUAGUAAAGAUCACCAGCUAAUUCGGGCUGACCCCAAACAUAGCCUCUACCUCGCCUGUGCCCUUAUGGUUAGAGGAAAUGUACAGGUUUCAGAUCUUCGCAGAAAUAUUGAAAGAUUAAAACCUUCUCUACAGUUUAUCUCCUGGAAUCAAGAAGGCUGGAAAACCAGCCUGUGUUCAGUACCUCCCGUGGGGCAUUCCCAUUCAUUAUUAGCUCUAGCCAAUAACACAUGCGUGAAGCCUACCUUCAUGGAACUCAGAGAGCGAUUCAUGAGGCUCUACAAGAAAAAGGCUCAUCUUCAUCACUAUCUACAAAUUGAAGGGAUGGAGGAAAGCUGUUUCAUGGAAGCCGUGUCAUCUUUAUCUGCGCUCAUAGAGGAAUAUAACCAACUGGACGCCACACGAAGCAUGCCUGUGGAAGAUUUACCCAGACUAAGCGUAGCUAUGUAAAACAGAACCCCAAAAGUACUUUUACUAUUCUGAAUUUCACAUUUUUCGUCACUUUAUCUUUCUGUUUUCAGAACUUUUGUGAUUCAGAAAGUCUAGUUUGCACUUUUCAUAUUAGAAAGCAUUUUUGCCUUAAAAAAAAGAGUGGCUUUCCUUUCAUCACAAUUCGUGGGCGAUACCAGUGUGUGACAUUACUGAAAGUCCUAGUACCUUUGACUUCAAACAUUUAUCUUCAGAAAGUUCCCCUUUUCUGAAAUUGAGAAAACAGAGUUCAACAUUUUACUUUAUUUAGAGUUUCAUAUUCAGGCAUUCAUACAAUGGUAAUCAUGUCUUCAAUAAAAAUCUUACACAGAUUUUCAUAUAUUUAUUUAUAAUUUAUUUUGUCAGCCCUGGAAUUUGCCCUGGAAUUAUUUGGUAUAACUAGAGCUGUUAAAUAAAUUUAUAAUUUAUUUGGUUGAAUUCUCCUGAUUCUUUAAAAGUGAGUACGAGGAGUAAUAGAAGAACACAGUAUAAAUAUUUCUGUGUAAUACCCACUAACUUCUCAGGGAUAGGUUUUAUUACAGCUAUUAGGGAGGUUUUGUUUCUUGUUUGGGUAACCACCUGUUUGCACUGAAAAGAAUUUUUACAUUUAUUUUAACAUGUAUUUGUAUUAAAUUAUCUUUAAAUAUAAUGCUUUUUAUUAAACCAGUUGAUUUUAUAAUAAUAAAUGUCCAUAUUUUUAAACAGUAUUAUUAUUGGUUUUGCUUGUCACCAUUUAUAUAAGCAAACAGAAUGUUACUUAGCCUGAUACCUUCUUCUGAACUUUGCAGCAAAUGGCUGUAAUAGUCUAGUGAAAGUGUUCUCGUUACUAUAAUCUCCAGCUCUAGGUUUUAACAUUAAUUUAUCUUUAAAUAAAAUAAUUUAUAUUUUAAGUCCAUAGAUAGAUUUGUCAUUUAAGGAAGUAAUUUUUAGGGACAAUUUUCAAGCCAGAAUAAUCCAUUGUGUGCUUUUCUUUAGUGUUAUAUUCUUAAGUUUCUUUCCUUUUCAAAGUAAGGGUACUGCUUUUGAUCUUUAUCUUGGAAAUUUAAUUUUUUACAUUAUUUGGUAUAUAAACUUUUAGAUUACAGUUGUCUACAGUUGUUAACAAUGGCCAACGAAGUUCUACUUUCUCCUUCCAAAAGAAACCUUAAUAAACUCAUAUUCAGGAUAGGGCAAUGGAAGCUAUAAAUAUAUUUACAGUUUAAUCUUAUUCCUUUUUAAGAAUUAACCUAGAAUCUUGCUCACCAUGUAAUGAUUAUCAUCUGACUGGAUCCUAGGCUACAUUGUCAAAGUACACAAAGUUUUAAAGGCUAGUUUUAAGAGUUUUAAACUUUUUACACAUCUUCAACAAAGUAUUCCAGAUUACUUUAUAGAAUGAAAUGUUUUCUUGUAAAUUGUAUAAUUUUCCAUUAUGUAUGGAAUAUGUAGAUGGAGCCAAGUAUCUGUGUAUUUCAUGAUCAUACGUUUUAAAGUAAGAGUUCACUUUUAAGGUUUUUAAGUUUUACAUAUAAUUUUUUAACAAACCUUUUUAAAAGCUUCUAUUGCCUUACAGUCAUCUGAGAAUAAGUAGGCAUUCUUACUGUUUUAAAUCAAUAAGGUAGAUUUGCCACCCUUUAAAACCAUUCUAAUUUUAUGAUGUAAUGACAUGAUUACCUAAACUUAACUUUUCCCAUAUAAAGUUGGUUUUAUAGGAUCUUGAGCUCAGAAAAUAUAUCUCCUGGAUCUCUGCAGUUUCUUUGACAUACACAAGAUGUAAUCCACAGCAUCUUCCAUUUAAAUGACCCUUCAUUUGGGCAAUCAAAUUGAAUGGUAAUCAUUUUAGACUUGUUAGGGACACAGCAUCUCUUAUCCAAGCAUACUCCACAGAAAGUGGGUUUGUAACUCUGAGUGCUUGAGCAUCCAGAAAAGAUGAAUUUUUCAGCUUUGAGAAGUUGGAAAGUGGGUUGGCACGUUUUUCCUUUAGGGAUCUGAAAAGGUACAUAACAUUAAGAAGUCAUUAGAAAAGUGAUACUGUAUACAGAACAUUUUUAUAGCACAAACACACAGGUAUAAUUAUUUCCAGGGCAUUAAUAUUUCUUAGUGAAUCAGCACUCUCUUUUCUACCUUUGAAUUCCACCCCCCACCCCCCCCACCCAGAGGUCUGUCCUCCCUGUUCUUGCUCCAUCAUAGGACCCACUCCCUGUUUUUGUUGCUCUCCACCCUUCAUUUCCACAAUUUCCACAAUGAAAAUUUGUCUUAUUUAAUAUCAAGGGCCACGUCUUAUUAGAUGUUUAUUUACCUAAGGCUUAGCAAAUUCCCUAACAAAACUCAGUUUUGAGUGGAUGAAUAAAUAUCUUAAUCCCUUUAAAACUGAGUUGUCAACUUCUUAAUAUGGUAGGGAAUAACUUGGGGAUGAGAAAGGUUUUGUAGCAUUUCCAAAACUUACUCUUGAGACAGUCAUCUUGCCUUGUUCUAGAAGUAGGACCAGCUCUAGUUAUACCAAACAAUUCCGGGGUAAAUAUUUUAUCAUAGUCCUUUGGCAAGUUUACUAUCUAAUAAGCACAGAGCAUUUUGGAAAUGGUGGUUUCUCCCUCCAAGUUGGUGACCUAUAACCAAGAUCAGAACUCUGAUGUUCAUAAUGUCAGUUCUUAUAAUUAUGAUACAGCAACCAAAAUCUUUUACCCACUGCUUUGAUUCCACUACAUAAAAUUAACAUAUUUUUUAAAAUUUAGACUCUGAAAAGGAUUUGCUUUUUAAAAGCAUGCAUAGUGGGUGUACCACAACAAAUCAGGCUGAUCAAGACCCACACUGUUAAGCUACUAGAGUAUCUAGAAUCAGCAGGCUAACAGUACCUCCCUGCUUGGUAAGAUUUCCCCCCAUGAAAUGCAAUUAGAUUAACACUUGCUUUCCUCCCAAAUAGUUUGACUUUAAGAGUUACAAUGAGGUGAUUUUAUUUUUACAAGAAUCGCAUACUGUCUAUCCCUCUGAAACACGUACUUUUCAGGAGUCUCUUAAUAUUGAAUUACAAUGAAACUAAAUCUGAUUAAAUUUUACCUUUAUUCUCUUUGAUAUGUUACUGUCACAGGGUUGAAUAUAACACAGUCUUUUCUCUUUUCUCAUUUCACAGUUGCUAUUUUCAUUGGUCACCCUAUCAGAUAUUCCCAUCCCACAGGUUCUGGAGCAAGGGGUCCACUUUGUUGCUUGCACAAGACAUUUUCUUUUCCAAAUAAGUGGGAGAUUCCUAUAAGCUAAAAUAAAGGGGGAAAAGUACAUGUGUAUACAUAAUUAUGUACUCACACAGAUAGACAACUUUUAAUAAUUAUUUUUAAGCUAAUAGUAAAUAGAUCAGAACUUUUCCUUUUAUGCAGUGUAACUCAGAAUAAAAUAAACUUGCAGUCUAAUUCA